CUCUUUAUAAAUAAAAACAUUAUCCAUUCUAAUAUUUUACGCAUCUACUUAAUUAGAUAUAAUUUGUUUAUGAACAAAAAUUCAUGAAUUGUAAAAAUGGGUAGCGAUAGAAAAGUGCUAAACCUCAAAUUCAAUCAAGAUCAAGGAUGUUUCACGUGCUGCAUGGAAAAUGGAAUACACGUGUAUAAUGUAGAUCCUUUGGUAGAAAAAGCUCAUUAUGAUAUCGAAACGGUCGGGAGCGUUUCCCAAUGCGAAAUGUUGUUUCGAACGAACGUCUUAGCCAUUGUCUCGGGCGGUUCGCGUCCUAAAUUCGCAGACAACGUUCUUCUAAUAUACGACGAUUUCUUGAAGAAAUUCAUACUAGACAUUACCUUUCCGUCGUCAAUACGAGCCGUUCGAAUGCGCCGAGACAAGCUUAUCGUGGCGUUAUUGAAUCAAAUCCACGUUUUCUCCUUUCCCACUCCGACUCAAAGAUUGUUCACUUUAGAAACCAAAGAGAAUUACAGAGGCUUGUGCGAGGUCAGCCGAUUGGCCUCGGCCGAGAAGCAAAUUUUAGUGUUCCCCGGACACAAAGUAGGCAGCGUGCAAUUGGUGGAUUUGUCUUGUGCGGAAAUGGGUAUGUCGACUGCACCGGUGAGGAUUUCAGCCCACAAAAGCGAAAUCGGCUGUUUGGCUUUGAAUCAACAAGGCACCCGAUUAGCAACGGCCUCUUAUCAAGGGACUUUGAUCAGAGUGUGGGACACCACUUCGAGGAAUUUGCUGGUAGAAUUAAGAAGAGGAUCGGAUCCUGCUACAGUUUAUUGUAUAAAUUUCAGUAGGGAUUCGGAUUAUUUGUGUUGCUCGAGUGAUAAAGGAACUGUGCACAUUUUUGCUAUUAAAAAUACAAAUUUAAAUAGAAGAAUAAGUAUUCCUAGUGGAAUAUUAGGAAAAUAUGGAGAAUCUCAAUGGGCUUUAGCUAAUUUUGUAGUACCUCCGGAAUGCGCUUGCGUUUGCGCAUUUGGUACCAACAGUUCUGUAAUAGCUAUAUGUUUAGAUGGAACGUUUCACAAAUACGUUUUCAACGCUGAUGGUAAUUGCAAUAGGGAGGCUUACGAUGUAUAUUUGGACGUCUGUGAUGAUGAUGAAGAACACUUUUCCUAAUCAAUAGCAAAUGUAAAUGCUGAGAAUUUUAUUUUGAUUAACUUUUAAGGAGUAUCGACAUUCAAAAAAAUAAUCUAGUGUUUUUUAUGGUGCUAUUAAAGUGACUAUUUUUUUAAAAUACGUUUCCUACUCGAUGUAUGAACGUUUGUAUAUAAAAUUAUAUGUACUUAAAAA